CGCCCGGCCAGCUGGCCAGCCAGCCUGCGGAGACUCCCGGGUCUCCGCGCCGCACUGGGACUAGGGGCAGGCAGCCCGGGCGGAGCGGGCCGGUGCCGAGGGCGGCCCCGGGCAUUGCUCUGCCCCGGGCAUUGCGCGGCGCGCGUGAGGGGGAUGCGGCAGGAGGCGGCGCGGCGGGCGGAGGAGUAGGCGGCGGUGCCCUCGGGAGGGAGCUGCGCGCGGGCCAGACGGCUCCCGGAGGCUCCGCAGUGCCGCCGCCGUCGCCCGGGAGGCUCCGCGCGGGAGCCAUGUAACCCUGCGGCGGGCUCCGGGCUGCUCCGUCCUUCCCCAGCUCCCGGGCUAGCGCGGCAGCGGGGCCACGAUGAAGAAGCAGUUCAAUCGCAUGCGCCAGCUGGCCAACCAGACGGUGGGCAGGGCUGAAAAGACGGAAGUUUUGAGUGAAGACCUUCUUCAGGUGGAGAAGCGUCUGGAGCUGGUGAAACAGGUGUCCCACAGCACUCACAAGAAGCUCACUGCAUGUCUGCAGGGCCAGCAAGGGGCAGAGGCUGACAAGCGCUCCAAAAAGUUGCCUUUGACAACACUGGCUCAGUGUCUGAUGGAGGGGUCAGCUAUCCUGGGAGAUGACACACUUCUUGGGAAGAUGCUGAAACUCUGUGGAGAGACAGAGGACAAGCUGGCUCAGGAGCUGAUACAUUUUGAGUUGCAAGUAGAGAGAGACGUGAUUGAGCCCCUGUUUUUGCUGGCGGAGGUGGAAAUCCCAAAUAUUCAAAAGCAGAGGAAACACUUAGCCAAGUUGGUGCUGGACAUGGAUUCCUCACGAACCAGGUGGCAGCAGACUUCCAAGUCUUCAGGUUUGUCCAGCAGCUUACAGCCUGCGGGUGCCAAGGCUGAUGCCCUCAGGGAAGAAAUGGAAGAGGCUGCCAACAGAGUGGAGAUUUGCAGGGACCAGCUGUCAGCUGACAUGUACAGUUUUGUGGCCAAAGAAAUUGACUAUGCAAACUACUUUCAAACGCUAAUAGAAGUGCAAGCUGAAUAUCACAGGAAGUCCCUGACACUAUUGCAGGCUGUAUUGCCUCAGAUCAAAGCACAACAGGAGGCCUGGGUGGAGAAGCCUUCCUUCGGGAAGCCGCUAGAGGAGCACCUCACCAUCAGUGGCCGGGAGAUUGCCUUCCCCAUCGAGGCGUGUGUGACCAUGCUGCUCGAGUGUGGGAUGCAGGAGGAGGGACUCUUCCGAGUAGCCCCCUCUGCCUCCAAGCUGAAGAAGCUGAAAGCGGCCCUGGACUGCUGCGUGGUGGAUGUGCAGGAGUACUCGGCAGACCCCCACGCAAUUGCAGGAGCUUUGAAAUCUUACCUCCGAGAGUUGCCAGAACCUCUUAUGACCUUUGAACUCUAUGAUGAGUGGAUCCAGGCUUCCAAUAUCCAGGAGCAAGACAAGAAGCUUCAGGCUCUGUGGAAUGCUUGUGAAAAGUUGCCCAAGGCCAAUCACAACAACAUCCGAUACUUGAUCAAAUUUUUAUCCAAGCUGUCAGAAUAUCAAGAUGUAAACAAGAUGACUCCCAGUAACAUGGCAAUUGUUUUAGGACCCAACCUCCUAUGGCCACAAGCAGAAGGGAACAUUACAGAGAUGAUGACCACAGUGUCGCUGCAGAUUGUUGGGAUCAUUGAACCUAUCAUCCAGCAUGCAGACUGGUUCUUCCCUGGGGAGAUAGAGUUCAACAUUACUGGCAAUUAUGGGAGUCCAGUACACGUGAACCAUAAUGCCAACUACAGCUCAAUGCCCUCCCCAGACAUUGACCCUGCUGACCGGCGCCAGCCCGAGCAGGCCCGCCGGCCCCUCAGCGUCGCCACGGAUAAUAUGAUGCUGGAGUUUUACAAAAAGGAUGGCCUUAGGAAAAUCCAAAGCAUGGGCGUGAGGGUCAUGGACACAAACUGGGUGGCUCGAAGAGGCUCCUCGGCCGGUCGGAAAGUGUCCUGCGCCCCGCCCUCCAUGCAGCCUCCCGCCCCGCCCGCCGAGCUGGCUGCGCCCCUGCCUUCGCCGCUGCCGGAGCAGCCCCUGGACAGCCCCGCGGCCCCCGCGCUCUCUCCAUCCGGCCUGGGCCUCCAGCCGGGGCCCGAGCGCACCAGCACAACAAAAAGCAAGGAACUUUCUCCAGGGUCUGCACAGAAAGGAAGUCCAGGCUCCAGCCAGGGCACGGCCUGUGCAGGGACGCAAGCAGGGGCUCAACCAGGAGCUCAGCCGGGCGCCAGCCCCAGCCCCAGCCAGCCGCCUGCAGACCAGAGUCCUCACACCCUCCGGAAAGUUUCAAAGAAGCUGGCACCAAUUCCACCCAAGGUCCCCUUUGGCCAGCCGGGGGCUGUGGCCGACCAGUCCGCUGGCCAGCCGUCCCCAGUCAGCCUGUCCCCCACCCCGCCCAGCACCCCAUCACCCUAUGGACUGAGCUACCCUCAGGGGUACUCCUUGGCCUCGGGCCAGCUCUCCCCAGCUGCAGCUCCUCCCCUGGCCUCUCCUUCUGUCUUUACAAGCACUUUGAGCAAAUCGCGGCCCACUCCUAAGCCGCGACAGCGACCUACUCUGCCGCCUCCUCAGCCUCCCACAGUAAACCUCUCGGCCUCUAGUCCACAGUCCACGGAGCCCCCCAUGCUAGAUGGCAUGUCCCCUGGGGAAAGCAUGUCUACAGAUCUUGUCCACUUUGAUAUUCCCUCGAUCCACAUAGAGCUUGGGUCGACGCUCCGCCUGAGUCCCCUGGAGCACAUGCGGCGACACUCAGUGACUGACAAGAGGGACUCGGAGGAGGAGUCUGAGAGCACCGCCCUCUGACAUGGCACCGCCCAUCCUGCCUCUCGUGUACAUACAUCACGGGCCCUAGGAACGCCGCCAGGAGCAGUGUCCGUGAGCUUGCCAAGUGUUCUCUGCUGGCUCUUUCCUGCCACUGCCAACACGAGGUUGGAAUCUGGCAGAAAAUUGUGAUCUCCAGUCCGUGUGGUGAUGCUGGUGGUGCAGGUUUUGUUUGUUCCUUUCGGGUGGUGACUUCGGCCUUUUGUUUGACCUUUGCCUUUUGACUUUGUGCCUCUUUUGAUCCACUUUCAGCCUCCAUGCCAAGCAACACCCACCUGUCCAUCCAAGGCUGGUCAGGAACGUCCUUUGCAGGGUCGGGGUGGUGUGGGAGAGGCUCACUUUGCCUGGUUAGAGCCGAGGGCUGCUACCUUUUCCUUGGACGGCUCAUGUCAGGUCUUGCAGGAUCAGUUUAAUGGCCACAGAAAGGAAGCAGGACGGCAGGGCCCCUCUCACCCACAACUGGACCAGGUCCAGGAUUCUAGCAAGUCCUGGGGCACUGACCUUUGCCAGCUACUCGGGGGAGGGCUUGCCACUGGAAAACCCUUCAGGCUGCCCCCAUCAAUCAGUGGGCUCCAAAGUAAAUGGCUGAAAACAAAAAUGUUUCACUUCCUAACAAAACAGUUGUUUUCCUUUUUCCACUGUGUGACUGAAAGCUCCUAUAUAUCAUUUUAUAUUUCUGAAUCUAUAAAACAAGCCUGACAAUGUCGGGAGGGCCCAAAGGUGGCCUCCAUGUCCCCAAAUAUAUUGGCUAUAUGAGAGUAAUUUUAUCCCUCUAGGUACCUAAAGGCACCCAGCUCACUAGUCUGUGGGGUCCUGGAGCCUGUCUCUUCUUUCUGGAGGUUCAAACUGAAUAGCAAUAAUUAUGUUACCCAAAGCAUGUGGAGGAAAAGUGAAACCAGCCACGGAGACACCGGCCCACGGGCUCGGCCUGCGGUGUAGCCUGCUUUGCUCACCAGCAUCAGCCGCUCAUCCCUUCUCAUGAAGUCCCAUCUGGUCAUGGGGACGAGGGCCGGGAGGGCACCGGGUAGCCUCCUCACACUUGGGGAUUAGGGGAGUGAGAGAAGAUUUGGGCCAUGCAUGCGAAGUCAAAGUUUAAAAUUUUAUCCUUUUAAAAUAGAUAUAAUAUACCUAUACAUGAUAUAAUAUUUGUAUAUAUGAAAUCUCUCUAUAUUUGUUUAAUUUGAGCCAUUCAAUCUAAACCGAUGUACAGGUGUACAAUGAAAAAUUUAAAUGCUUAGUUAUUUUUCCCAACACAGUGUAAAGUCACCCUCCUCUGAGACUGGGAUGUGCAGACUUUUGAUGUCACAGCUUUGCUCACUUCCUGGCAAGGGCAGUUCAUGCCUCAAUUUGUAAUGGGAGUCUGGGGUAAGGGUGGGGGUUGAAAGUUAUCUUUAAAUACAUGUACAAAUCGUUGUCAAAAGUAAUGUUAUUAAAAUAGAUUUAUUAUCCCUGA